AUGGCACGCAUACGAGGUCGAGGAGAUUCAGACAUUGAAAAGGAUGGAUUUGGGCUCCAACCAAGCAGCGACGAUAACGACGAAGCAAUCAUGGACGACGUAGACACUUCCUUUGCGACCUCCCGCUCGACCUCGUCGUCGUACAGACCCAUGCUGGUCAACAAUGCCUAUACCUCAAACCGAUCUUCUUCACCACCAUACCUUGGCCGGAUGCCGAAAUCGGUCAUGCGAUGGAUAUGCUUGGGUGUCGCAGCCGGUCUGCUCAUCUUCGUCUUUGCUCUAGUGCGAAUGAGUUGGAAUGCGGAUAAGGAGGUCAAGGUGGCUAUACAAGAAGAGAAGAUCAAGCCUAAGCCACCACCAUGGGAGAGCUUUCCCUUUCUGGAUCGAUACUAUGGGGGAGUAAGAUCCCUUGUACCAUCCACUGCGAAUGUGCCUGAAUAUCCCCAGAAUGAGGACGAGGUACCCAUGGAAAAACUAGACUUACCUGAAGAGCCCCCUCUGGAUCCCCCCGAGGACCCGGAGAAAUUGAAGCGGGCGAUCCAGGCUAGCAUACCCUUCAACCCUUAUCCGAACUACAUGUCCCCCGAGUACAUUGCAAAACACGGAGAGAAGGUUGACUGUUUCCUGGAUGAGAAGAACACCAUAUCUAUCCCGCAAGUACGAGUUUACGAAGGCAUUCCGCGUGGUUUUCCUGAAGCAGUUAUGGGCUCAGCUCAGCUCCUUGGUUUGAGGACAGACAUUUGCUACGAGCGAUUUGGCAGACUAGGCCCGUAUGGUCUCGGCUACAGCAUCAACCGCGGCGGAAGUGGCGCUCAACAAGAAGGCGAAAGAGAGGGAGCAGAUGCGGUGUGGGAAGAAACGCCAGAAGUCGAUUUCAGAAAGGUGAAAUGGGUCGAGGCUCAACACAGAUGUGUCUCUGCGAACAAGCAUCGUUUCAAAGAGCUGCCAAAACCUCGAAUCGAUAGAUUCAGAGCCAUGCAGAUAGGAAGCAUCGAGAAGCGAGACGAAGGUGCCGAAGUCUCGUCGAUGCCAACAAAGCCUGCCAACACUGUGAAAACUGGCCCAGAAAAGCUGCCCCGUACAGCGAUCAUCAUUCGAACUUGGUCGGACUAUCGGUACACCCCAGAGGACAAAAUCUACUUGCGAUCCCUCAUUUCGGAAUUGACCAUGAUGAGUGGAGGAGAAUAUGUGGUACACUUUCUCAUCCAGGUCAAGAAUCACGACCUCCCUGUUUUCUCUGAUGACGAAACCUACGAGCGGGUCCUGCGAGAGUCUUUGCCGGAAGAAUUUCAAGGCAUGGGCACUCUGUGGACAGAGCGGCAGAUGCUGUUGAUGUAUGGUGGUUUAGAGGAGACGUGGAUGAGAGACUUGCCCGUGCACGGCGUUUACCGCAGCACAUUCAUGCCUAUGCAAUAUUUUGCCUACCAGCAUCCAGAGUACGAUUUCUUCUGGAACUGGGAGAUGGACGUCCGCACAACUCAUCAUUGGUAUCAUUUCUUCGACAGCGUCUCGAAAUGGGCCAAGGCACAGCCGAGGAAGUUUCUCUGGGAACGAAACAGCCGAUUUUACGUACCCUCGGAGCAUGGCGAGUGGGAUGACUUCAGUCACACGGUUCGAGUGCAGACCGAGCAGGGCACAAACAGCGCCAACAACCUAUGGAGCAGCCUCAAUCGCGCCAAGGACCCGAAGAUUCCUGGCGCCGUGAAUCAGCAGGGGGAUAAACCUAUCUGGGGGCCUGAAAGACCGCUUGACGACGACGUAGCUUUCGAAGGCGACCCUGUUCCGCCGACCUCUUUUGACAAAGACAAAUACACCUGGGGAGUUGGCGAAGACGCUGACCUGAUCACUUUCAACCCUCUCUUCGAUCCCGACGGGACCACCUGGCUUCUGACGGAUGACACGACCGGAUACAACGUUAGCCGCGGCCGACCUCCCCGUCGGACAGCCAUCAUCACGGCAAGCCGACUCAGCCGCAAGCUCCUGACGACGAUGCACCGAGAGACGGCGGUCAAGAAGCACACCAUGUUCAGCGAGAUGUGGCCAGCUAGCUGCGCGCUGCACCACGGUCUCAAAGCCGUGUACGCCCCUCACCCAGAGUACAUUGAUCGCAAAUGGCCGACAAAGUACCUCGAGGCCGUGUUCAACGGCGGGCGAAACGGCGCCACCGGCGGCGCCCGCACGAGCGUCUUUGGUGAUCGCGAACACAACUUCCGCGGCACGACGUGGUACUACAACGCCGGGUUCCCCGAGGUGCUCUGGCACCGCUGGCUGGGCAUGAAGUUCCACAACGACGGCGGCGAGCAGGAGGAAGUCGCCGGCGAGGGCAGAAUGUGUCUUCCUGGAAUGCUCCUCCACCCCAUCAAGCGGGUUGAACUGGUUCUCGAGGGCAGGAGAGCCGAUCAACAUCCUUGA